GCUAACAUUCCCAAAAAGUGUGAGUGUUACAAAUGCAGUGAGAUACGUAGAAGAUUGAUUUGAUUCACGUGGUGUCCAUCCCUUUCUACUACUUGUUGCAACAAACAAGUUUCAUGGCAAUUAGUAGUAGUAGUAGUAGUAGAAGAAGAAAAUAUAUACACUAAAAUAGUAAUAGUACUAGUUGAGUAGAUUGGUCGUUGAGGUUAUUAACAGCACUUCACCGGUGAGAAUUUAAUACACCCCAAUCUUAUGUCUAAAUAAAAAGGGGAUUCAUUACCUAGCUAGCUGCUACCUCCCAAACCAUUCAUGCUUUAGUUCCCUCUUCACUUAAUUAAUUAAUUAAUUAUUUAUCAAAUCCAAUGUUUCUUCUUUCUUAGCCCCAUACUAUACUUUCCUCAUUUCUUAUCUUCCCUCUCAUUCAAUCUUCCCCACAUCUUAUAUCUUACCUCUUAUAUAUGUAUAUAUAAAUAUCUCUUUAUAUAUAUUUUCCCAUCAUGCAUAUAUACACAUCAAACUACUACUACUACUUGUUCAUUUGAGCUCACAAAGGAAAAAUUUCAUCAAAGUUAUUAAUUUUAUUAUUUUCUUGAUUUGUGUGCUACCUUAAGAAAAUCAAAAUGGUGGGUAUUUUCUCGUUGGUCACGGGAAUGGUCGGACCUAGCGGAUUUGGAUCUUCUACAACAGCUGAACAGGUCACUGAAGGAAUUGAUGCAAGCAACCUCACUAUAAUUAUCACAGGAGGAGCUAGUGGUAUAGGGUUAGAGACGGCGCGAGUCUUGGCUCUUCGAAAGGCACAUGUCAUCAUCGCUGCAAGAAACAUGGAAUCUGCAAAGGAAGCUAAACAACUUAUACUAGAGGACAAUGAAUCCGCUCGAGUGGACACAAUGAAGCUCGAUCUUUGUUCAAUAAAGUCUGUUAGAUCAUUUGUGGAAAACUUCCUUGCUCUCAAUCUUCCUCUCAACAUUUUAAUAAACAAUGCUGGAGUCAUGUUCUGCCCCUUUCAACUAUCACAAGAUGGAAUUGAGAUGCAGUUUGCAACAAAUCAUCUUGGUCAUUUUCUGUUGACAAACCUUCUACUCGACAAAAUGAAACAAACUGCAAAAUCAACUGGAAUUGAGGGAAGAAUCAUAAACCUUUCAUCAAUUGCUCACACUUACACUUAUGAAGAAGGCAUUCGAUUGGAUAACAUCAAUGAUCAAAUUGGUUACUCUGACAAGAAGGCUUAUGGACAAUCCAAGUUAGCCAACAUAUUACACUCAAAUGAGCUUUCUCGUCGCUUGAAGGAAGAAGGUGUCAACAUCACAGCCAACUCAGUGCACCCAGGAGUAAUAAUGACUCCUCUUAUGAGGCACUCUUCUUUACUUAUGAACUUCUUGAAGAUGUUCACAUUUUUCAUAUGGAAGAAUGUCCCACAGGGAGCUGCAACAACAUGCUAUGUUGCUCUGCAUCCAAGCUUGAAAGGGGUAACUGGGAAGUACUUUUUGGAUUGUAAUGAGUUUGAACCAAGUGCAUUUGCGACAAAUGGACUAUUAGGAAGAAAACUUUGGGAUUUUAGCAACAAGUUGAUCAAUUCAAUUUCAAAAGCUUGAUUAAUUGUCCCUACAGAAACAGUGUCCUCGUCUUGAUCAUCAUUUAUCACAUUAAUUAUGUAUCAAUUAAAAUCCAUUAUUCUUAAGAUAUCCCCACAACUUAUAAGUCCUAUGAAAAAUCUAUUAUAUACUAAUUAAUAUGUAUGGUUUCUAUCAUUGGUUUCUUCUGUGUAUUAGUGUUUUAACGAUGGGAAAUGAUUAAUAUAGCGAACAGUAUCUCACGAAGCAAAUCACGAAUGAUGUGGCAUCUUUUAUUUAAUUUAAUUAAUUUAAUGAUCUCUCUUUCUAGUC